UCAAUCUAUAGAAAUAAGAAGGGUAGAAAUGUAAACUCACUAACAUUCCGGGUCGACCGCAAUCACCUUAACUUUAACCCUACCAAAACCCUAACUGUAUAAAUUGCGGCAAUAUUCACCAUUGCGAAACCCUAAUAGCAGUCCCAAAUCUACCAUUGAAGAAGUUUCUCGUAGCUUCCAAUUCUCCUCAAAGAAGAAAUGAAGGUUAUUGCUGCUUAUUUGUUGGCUGUUUUGGGUGGUAAUGCAUCACCUUCAGCAAAAGACUUGAAGAAUAUCCUCGGUUGUGUUGGUGCUGAGGCUGAUGAUGACAGAAUUCAACUGCUCUUGUCUCAAGUCGAUGGCAAAGAUAUCACAGAGCUGAUUGCUGCUGGCAGAGAAAAGUUGGCUUCAGUACCUUCUGGUGGUGGUGCUGUUGCAGUCGCUGCCCCUGCCGGUGGAGCCGCUGCAGCCCCUGCUGAGGAGAAGAAGGAAGAAAAGAAGGAAGAGAAAGAGGCAUCAGAAGAUGAAGAUAUGGGCUUCAGUCUAUUUGAUUAGAAGAAAAACAAUCUAGUUCUCUAUGCAUCCCUUGAGCUUACUUUAGGAAAGUAUUUUUUGGUCUAGUAAUGGAUUUUGUUAUUAGUCAUUUAGUUUGACAAAACCUUGAUUUUACUUUUUGAAACAUUUUUGAGGCAGAUGCUUAGAAAUUAAAUGACUUUUGAUUUUAUUC